AGUAGCGCAGAGACAGUGGCAGUUUUGUAAUAUUUUCGAAAAAAAAAUCAACCAUGCGCGGCGCCUGCUUCGCCCGCACAUCCCUCCCCACGUGCGCCAUCCCCCGCCGCACGAAGCGAGGCAAAACCCCGCUUCACGGCCGAUCUCGGCGCCGACUUCGUAAGCCCUCCACUUUCUCCUACCCGAAGUCGGCGCCGACUCCUCUCCUCGUCCCCGCGCCCCCCCCUCUCUCCCGCGUCCAACUGUUCGACCGCGUCCUCUCCGACCUCGAAUCCUUAUCCUCCUCCUCCUCCUCUCCCCCCGACCCCUCCCUCCUCUCCUCCCUCCUCGACUCCGCCCUCCUCCUCCUCCCCGCCGCCUCCUCCCCGCUCCUCGCCGCGCGCCUCCGCCGCCUCCUCCCCCCCGCCCUCCUCCGCCGCCGCCGCGCCCUCUCCGCCAAGCUCCUCCGCCUCCUCUGCGCCCUCGGCCUCCUCGACGACGCCCACCACCUGUUCGACCAAAUGCCCCGCCGCGCCAGGUCCAACCCCUUCGUCUGGAACACCCUCAUCUCCGCCUACGCCGACUCCGGCCUCUUCGAGGACGCCCUCGCCCUCUUCUUCCAGAUGGACGAGGAGGACGACGACGCGGUCGCCCCCGACCGCUUCACCUUCCCCCGCGCGCUCAAGGCCUGCGCCGGCGUCGGGUCCCUGCCCCUCGGCCUCGCCGUGCACCGGCGCGCCGUGCGCGCGGGGUUCGGCGCCGACGUCUUCGUGCUCAACGCGCUCGUCGACAUGUACGCCAAGUGCGGCGACAUACAGCGCGCGCGCCGCGCGUUCGACGCGAUCGCCCGCCGAGACCUCGUCUCGUGGAAUUCGAUGCUGAUCGGGUACCUAAGACACGGCCUUCUGCUCAACGCGCUCGAUAUUUGUAGACGAAUGCUCGACGCCGGAUUCGAGCCUGAUUCCAUUACCAUCUCCGCCAUUCUAUCUGGGUUCAGUUCAUCUUCUUCUUCCGCAUAUCGUAAUAAGCUCGGAAUUGAGAUCCAUGGAUGGGCUAUCCGGCACGGGCUCGAGCAUGAUUUAUCGGUGGCAAACUCUUUGAUCGGAAUGUACUCUGAAAAAGGCAAUGUAGGCCGUGCCCGAUUGAUCUUUGAAUCGAUGCCGCGCAAGGAUCUGGUCACCUGGAAUUCUAUAAUCUCCGCGCACCGCAGAGACCGUAGUGUGCUACUCCUUUAUCAAAGAAUGGUGGAUUCGGGUUUGAUUCCCGACCGCAUCACAUUCGUUUCCGUGCUCUCGGCGUGCGCUAAAUUGGGCCUGGUGGAGGACGGCCGGAGAUUGUUCGCAGAAAUGGAGGAGAUAUAUGGCAUAAAGCCGGGGAUGGAGCACUACGGGUGCGUGGCCGACAUGUUGGGGAGGGCGGGGUUGGUCGAAGAGGCUUACAAUCUUAUAUCCAACCAAAUGCCGUUCGACGGCGGGCCGACCGUUUGGGGGGCUCUGCUGUUUGCUUGCUCGGUGCGCGGCAACGUCGAGAUCGGGGAGAGCGCGGCGGAGAGAUUGUUCGAGCUGGAGCCCGACAACGAGCACAACUUCGAGCUGCUGAUGCAGAUAUACAGAGAUGCAGGGAGGUUGGAAGAUGCGGAGAGGGUGGGGAGAUUGAUGAAAGCUAGAGGGUUGCUUGAGAGGUGUGAUGAAUCUAGUUUAUCAGGAUCUUGCAUUCACAUAGAAUAACCCCUCUAUUAAUUCUCUCUAUGUAUAAUAAUGUGUGUCUCUUGUAAUUAAGCUUCAUUUGAGAUUGUAGGGAGAUUGCGUUACUUGCGGUGAGAAAGUACGAUAGAAAAAUAUUCUAUUUGUUUUCGUACGUAA